AGUUCCACAAAAUCAUCCGUGUGAGCUAUGAACGUCCAAGUAGAACUACCGGAGAAGAAGAGGAAGAGGAAAAGGAAGAGGAAGAGGACGAAGAAGACGUCUCCUUCUUCUUCACCACCUCCGUCUUUUUCUUUACUCCCAGAUGAAAUCCUUGUGAGUUGCUUAGCCAGGGUCUCGAGUUCGUACUACCCAACGCUCUCAAUCGUUUCCAAAAGCUUCCGUUCAAUUCUCUCUUCCGCCGAGUUCAAAGCAGCUCGAUCCCACCUUGGAAACACCGAACAGUGGCUCUACGUCUGUCUAUACGAUAUCAGAUUUCACACUCACCAACGGUUUAGACUUUUGCUUAACCCUAAUGGAAACCUACCCGACUCCGUGAUUAAGAAGAAGAAGACAACUGAACAGUUGCUGGUUCCCGUAACUUUUAACUCUUCUUCUAAUCUUCCAUCAGUAUCAACAUCCACCAUUGCUGUUGGUUCAGAAAUUUAUGUAAUUGGCGGACCAGUGGACUAUGCACCGUCCUCAGCCGUGCGGGUGCUUGAUUGUUGCACUCACACUUGGCGCGAUGCACCUAGCAUGAAUAUAGUCCGGAUGAAUGCCUUGGCAAGUUUACACGAUGGGAAAAUAUAUGUAACUGGAGGAGGCUGCCUAGGGGUGGAAUCAUGUGAUGAGGUGUUCGACAUAAAGGCUCAGACUUGGGAACGUCUCCCUGACCCGUGGGGUAGUGAGUUAAGUUACUGUGACAUAAAGUUUGGGUGGAAAAAUGUGAAAGGGUUAGACUCACUAAGGUUGGAACGGUAG